AUGGCAACCAGUCGUGUCAGCCCCGUUCGCCCAUCGGUUCGAUUCUCCCCCACCGAAUCUCAUCAUUAUCGGAAACGCUCAUUAUCUCGAUCUCCCGACCGUUCUGCUGCUCCGAAAUAUGAAACAAUUGACCCCUUGCUCAGCAACCUUUCUCCCGAGUCCACCCUGCUGGCGCUAACCUCCACCGAUGCGGUACCAAAGAAUGAGAAAGCUGCUCAUGAUAUUCUCUGGAAGAGUAUUUCACAAGUCUCCCCGGCGGAACGCGCCCUGGGGAUCCGCGCGGCUAUAGCAGCCCAGAGGCUGGGCGAGUGGUAUCGGGAGGUGCAGGCAUGGGACUGGCCGAAGCGAGCCGAUGCUGAAUUAGGGAAAGGUUUCAUGCCGCCAUCUUCGAGUAAUGUCAACUCUGAGGAGCAAGGCUACUAUGGCAGCCUACCUUCGGUUGUUGUUAAGCAGCACGAAGAUCGCAUUGAAGAGAUCCGAGAUGGAAUGGAAACAUUGGACGUGGACGAACUCAAAGAACAUGUACUCAACGCCCACAUUCCAGCGCGGUCUCGGCCCUCGUCAUCAAAUAGCACCGUUUCUGUCCCCCCUCCUCUGACCUAUGUUCAACUGAGCGAUUUCACUGCCGUCAUCACCGCCACCAUUCUUCGAGCCCUUCCUCUUUUGUCCCGGUUGAACAACCUCCUUACGACAUGGGACGUUCGACUAUUGGUCCUUCGCCAGAUUCCGGGCCUACUACGAGCUUUGCAUCUUGCUCAGUCCGAGGUGGAUUCUGCGAUGGACCUGUUGAAAGCUACCGCUCCUCCUUCCGAGAAUGAUCCUCUUUACUCGAGAGAAAACUAUCACGCCAAGCGAACUAGUCUUGAGGCGAUAGUACUCUCGGCGGGCAGACGAAUGGAUAUUGUCCUUGACGCGCUCGAGGGCCGAGAGGAUUCACUCCCGGAAAGCUGGAUUGACGAGCUGGAGGCUGUUGAGUCUGAUUUUAGCACCUGGGUUAUGGAAGCUGAAAAGCGUACGGUUGAGAAUGAAUGGCUACGCAUGAGGUCGACGACCAGCGAAUCGAAAGAGGCCCAACGUGUGCAGAAUAAACAGAACCGGCUGUCGAACAUUCCCGAAGAAGAAGAUUCUAAGUUUCCAGUUGCGGAUUCAUCCGACCCAUCCCCGCAAUCCAGUUGCUCGCUUCCUAUGGAAACCAUCAACGAAGGUGACGGUGAUCAAUUGUUGGUGGAAGCUAUUUCUGAUGCUGUUACGCAUAAUCAAAACUCUGCACAGGGGCUCAAUGCUUUAGAUCCCUCUCAAUCCCAUCUUGACUCGAGUGAGUUUGUGAGUUUGUCUGGACCCGACACGAAGAUAUCGAAUGAGCCUUCAGAACAAAGUACAAUCGAAAUCGCGAUAGAUGCUGUAUUACCUGUCGAUGUGGACAUGCCUCGACCGGAGUCUUCGGAAAUCGUGAAAAGCUUCUCGGAAGACUCCUCCGAUGAUUCUAUUGGAGGAUCUUCAGACAAGCCGUCGAAUGACCGCCCGUCUCAGUCGACUCCGUCCGUUUGUCAAAUUCGACCUGCGGUGUCUGAGGCCGCUUCAGAAGAGGUAUCAUUGGAAGAGCUUGUAGCGGCUGCAACUCAACGUCAUGGAAAUACUACGGUGCUACAAAUUCCCGAACAGGGACGUUCAACUUCCAUAGAACAAUCCUCCGGAGAAAUGACGGACGACACAAGCUCAAGCAAAAAGCAUCAGGCCCCUCGUGACCUUCAAUGUUCCCUGCCAAUUGACCACUUCGUCGCAAACCGGCCAGGAGCUGAAUGCUUAUCUGUUUCAUCAGAACUUGUACCAGAGAAUACAUAUCUUGUCUCACAUGUUGAGGAGAAGUUAUGCAGUUCGCAAUUAUCUGCAUCUGCUCAGGAAGUAUCAUCUAUAGCUACAAGGUUGGCGGAUUCCUCUUACAAAGAACACAAAGUACCGCUAAAAGAACCCAGCUUUGCCACUACAAAGAACGAUUCCUUCCGGAUUGCGGAGUCUGAAACACCCUCACUACGUACGACUGGCACAUCGAUGGAACAGACUGAUGCUGUUUGUGGCAUCAAUGAGAAUCAGACAAGCAGCACAACAGCCGGAGACAACAGUCAGGAAGAAAGGAAACAAUUUUCAGACGGAUUAUCCGCCGUCGCGACGCCUUCUGACUCUGGUCGUCAGCUUUCAGUCGAACCAUUGGAGGACAAAGUUGCUCCCACGGUCUCGAGCAACUUGGCAGAAGUUGCAUUCACCGAGGAAACAUCUGCGGCUGAACUGCUCGACCGUCAGGGCCUGAAUGUAGAUAUAGGACGAGCAAUUGACCCGUUUGAUUCUGAGAAAUCCUCGCCAAUUGAAAAUGAAGCAGCAACUCUGGCAAGCGUCAUAGCCGAAGCAGCUACAACUAGAGCGCCUUCUACUUCUACGUCACUCAAGAGAGAAGAGUCGUUUUCUAGAUCCGCAACUUCGUCGCCAGAACCUGCAAAGCCUGUGUCUAAUUCUCGCAAUGACAAGGCGUCUGCUGUCGACCCAGGCGAACCACAACAAUCUUCGGAGACAGUUCCUCCACCCAAGAUUCGCUUGGAAAGUCCCAUCAAACUAUCGAAAACCAGGCCGCAGAGCUUAAAUAUUAGUAAAGGAAACUCGAAAUCGCAGGCUCGACGAACUUCUACCGCAUCUGCGGGCUCCCUUUCGGAUUAUCCCUCCCUUACAUCUAGUCCAGGCAUCCGUGAACCUCGCACCGCGUCUUCGAAUGGGACACCGCUGCUUCUCGAAACACCACCACCCUUCCAAGAUCUUUCACUAGCAUCUGAUUAUGUGUCAGUUGGUACCGACCAUACUCUGCGUGAGGAGCGCUUGCGCCGUUUGGACAACCAGAAGGUCCCUAAUGCAACCGUGUCGCAUAACCGGGCCCUAAGCCUUCCCCUGCAAAGAUUCAUCAAUGAAAGACUUGACAUGCAGUACGAGAGCGGGGCUGGGGGUGAUUUGAACGGUGCCCUCGGCUAUCGACGAGCCUCAGUUGCUUCCAUUGACCUGCGUCCCCAAAGCGAGCAACAUGCAACGGACUUACAAUCAUCAAAGGAUGGCUCAACCGUGCCGACUAACAAUCUGAAACUCCUUGCAAGUCAGCACAUGGAACUUUCUCAGAGGAGACAAUCCACUUCGAAACUCGAUGACGCUACCCCUAAGCCGUCUAAAGCCUGGGCAAAUAAUGCGAACGCUUUUGCCAGAGACUCCGUCAUUCCAAGUCCUUCGUUGGAAUCUACUGUUCGUAACGACACCGUUCGUAUACGAAAGCAAAUGAUCACCCAUCCUAGCCUUGAGAACAUUGGUGCAUACCAUUCCAACGUGCAACCUUUGAGAGAUACUGGCUUUCCAAGAAUGGAAACAUCGAGACCCUCGACUCCCAGUAAACAGAUGAGGAGGCCGAAGAAUCAACUGGACGAGAAAAUCAGCUCGAUACUGGACACUAUUCCUGCCCGCAUUCACCUGAUAUCUUCUGAGGACCACGACUUUGACGAGGCUUCUGUGGCCCCUUCCCUGCCGGUGAAACAUGGUGAACGGUUCCGCUCGAUGACACCACAGGGAACCUUAUCGCGCAGCGGCACCCCUACACCUUCAUUGACGCUAACUGCGGCUCCGUCUCGCAGAAGGCAUUCUCAUGCGCCGGAAGACGGCUCCGUGAAGUUGUAUCAUUUGCAUCGAGGUGGUAAGGCUGCUCCUACCAAGCUAUUCAUCCGCACCGUGGGAGAAAAGGGUGAACGGGUGAUGGUUCGUGUUGGAGGCGGAUGGGCGGACUUAGCCGAAUAUCUCAGGGAGUACGCUAUCCACCACGGUUGUCGGGCUGUAUCAGAAACACCGCGCGCCGAGGUUCAAGGCCCCAGUUCCCGCGAACCCCCGGCCCGUACAUCACCAGGCAGCACACUCACACCGACUGCCAACACUGGACGCAGGACACCGUCCCGACCUGCAUCCGUUAUAAGUAAUCGGCCCUCAUCUUCGCUUGCGGUCCGAAAGACACGGCGAGUGUCUAACGUGUCAGAUCGGCCGGACUUGCGUUCCGUUAGUGCCGGUCAUGCAUUUGUGACCUCGUAUUCCCCAUUGUCCACUGUCUCCUCGCGUCGACGGCUUUCCACGUCAUCGACGAACUCUUUCGGUGCCACAUCAUUCGCAAGUGAAAAUCAUCGUGCAACCUUCGCGAAUUCGCCGUCGAUACCCCUAGGUCUAGCAGGCCCAAAACCGAGAUCACGUCGUGUCUCAAUCAGCCCCGAGAGCGAGGCCUGGGUGGAAGAUGUACUGGGACAAGCUCGAAGGAGCUCUUCCUCGAGACCAGUCAAAUAUGUCUUACCACCGAAUGAGCAAGAGCCUGUUAGCGCCAGCGCCCGGACCUUGCCCAAAUCCAGAAGCAUCAGCGACAUCGGCCGAGCUGGUUCCAGUAGGCGAGUUGCACUUCGCGGGUUGGGAAACCCGAGAGACUGA